UUAAUGAUUUGUCUAUUAGUACUAAUACUGUUUAAGCUGUCAGUAUCAGAGAUAUGGUGGUCAGUCUUGAGACUUGGUGAAAGGGUUAAUUUAUGCGAUGGAGGUUGACUGUUGUGAUAGCAAGUUACCGAUAAGAGAUAGUCCUCUGAAGCUUAUCAGUUACUAACCACUCUUGAGAGUAAGCUUCAGUCUGUUGAAGGUAUUCUGUAUAAAAGGUUGUAUUAUACAUAGUUAGAUAAUUAGAAUGGGGGAACAACGUCUUGCCAAGUGGUACUUUGGAGGCCUAGCAUCAUGUGGAGCAGCAUGUUGCACUCAUCCACUGGACCUGCUAAAGGUUCAUCUCCAGACACAACAGGUGGCCAGUAUGGGAGGCUCUCAGAUGGCUGUGCAUAUAGUGAGGAGCCAAGGCCUUUUAGCUCUUUACAAUGGCCUCUCAGCCUCUCUCCUUAGACAGAUUACCUAUUCAACAACAAGAUUUGCAAUUUAUGAGCUUUAGCUUGAAGGAGGCGAAGGUCUGCCGUCCUAAUUACCAGUCAUAAAGCAGGACUAGCCAGGUUACCAUGCUUGUAACCUUAGCAGCAUGGUGUGAAUUAUGUCUGUAGGUGAAGUCUGAUGAUGGAGUGG